AUGGUGCUCAUGAGGAGCAUGGCGACGCGGCGGAUGCUACUGGGGCUCCCGUACGAAAUAGUCAUCGAGAUCGCCGGGCUUGUCGCCGCGACCUCGCUGCACCCGAUGGAGGACCUCUGCAGCCUCCGUGGCACUUGCCUGACCAUGCGCGCAGCAUGCAUGGAGCGUGUCAUCAGGAGCCACGUAGCACUAGAGCAGGAGGAACCCAUGAGGUGGUUCGACCCCAACCGCUACCUUGCCCUCAUCGACAAACUGGCCACCGUCGGCAACCCGGAGUCCUACUUCAUGCUCGGGCUCAGGCUUGUCUUCACGCAGUGCCGCACGAACCCGUCGGCACUGCCUGCCUUAGACAGGCGUCCGCCGUUAACCACAAGGGACAACGAGGUCGAGCAAUACAUCAGGAAGGUGAAGGGCGAGGGCGUCACCCACGGGUGCAAGCCAGAGGCCAGCAGGACCAACCGAGAGUGCGUGAUGUGCCGCGAGCAAGCUGUUGACGCGGCCCGGGAGGUGUUAUGGAGGGAGGAUGGAAUGAUGGACCCGGUGCCGGUGUCGCUGCCAGAGGUAGUUUGCAAGGGUAGUGGCUAUGGCGUGGCGAAAGGAUGGACCGGCCGCUGGGCUGUCUUUUGUAGCGACGGCUAUAGGAUUAGGCAUGAGUACUCUGGGUUCUUCUCGUGA